AUGAAGUAUAACAUUUUGGUUUCAGAGGUGAGAGAUGAUGAGUGGGAGGAGCUCAGCCCCGACAUCGCUGCACUGCACCGCCUCAGAGGACUGUCUGAACACAUGUCUCAUGAAAGAUUCAAGAAUGCUUCAAACCAAAGGGACACAUUCAUCCAUGGGGCCCGAGUUAGGAGAUCCAGCAGCAGGGACUUUGAUCAAAACCCAGUGAGUCUGCAGGAUGAUUUGCAGGCGUGUAAUGAGAGUUUCACAGCUUGUGUCAUUCAGAUGGAACAGCAUGCUGACAGCUUCUUGGAAGCUGUUGAUGAACACAAGGUACAAGACAGGCUGAUAGCUGCUUCAGAGAUCUCACACAGCUACAGCCAAAAACUUCUGGUCAUGACUGACAAAGAAAAGUCAACAAAGGACAGAGUCCAGCAGGAGUACAGCAUGGAUCCUCAUUACUCAGUGAUAGUCAGCAAAGAAUGCCUGUUCAAUGUCUCAUGUGUCCCAGAAGCAGGCAGCGACACUGUAGUGAAGAUAUUCGGAAGAGUUUCAGAAGAUGGACAAACUGUGUCUGGCCUUUCUGGCUCAUCACUUGCAGAGCUGAUGUUGAAAGCUUCACUGGAAGAUGCACCAGUGUUCUCGCUUGAUGGAAACACAACCACAGACUUCCAACAUUACUUCAUCCGUGUCUUUGUGGUCCAAGGCAUCAAAGCAGUCUUAGAAACAAAGCAGGAGAAUCACCAGAUCUACCAGGUCAUGAAUCAACAUGACUCAGUUUCUCGCUACCAAAUUCCACAAAGAGCGGUUGAUCAUAGCACACAGUAUGACCACCAGCAGAUCCUCAUUAUGCAGGAUGACCCUACUGUCAGAAAAGCUGCUAUUUACCUUUAUGAGAAACAUCCAGCAGUUACCUCUGUCUACGUUCUUGAUAACAACCAGAGACCCAAACUGAUCCGGGGUGCCUCUGUGCCUCUGUCAGAGGACAGCAGACUGACGCUGGUAGGCCACGGCGAGAGACACAGUUCUGGAGAGACGAGACUGGCGGGGUACACGGCUCAAGACGUCGCCAAAAUCAUUCAACGAACCUUCAGGGCGGGCGAUAAAAUCAAAACAACAAGUGUGGUGGCCUGUGAGGUGGGAUCAGAUAAAGAGUUUGUUAAAACCCUGCUGAGGGAGCUCCGUGAGACCGCCAACAUCGAGACAGAGCUGCACCUCAGGAGUGCGGUGCUGCAGGUCAGACACACAGGAGAGAAAAUCACCCAAGAGAUCUCUAAGGAAGGGCUGCGAUGGAGACAUAAUGAUGAUAGCAAGAAGGUGGUGGCAACCCUCGAUAGGAACGGACACGUAAUUAUCAGAACUGAGCCUGGCAGGAGAGGAGAGGAAGUUUUUACUAAUGAAAGAAACUUUCUUAUGCCAAGUGAACGUUUUAAGGUCUACAGAAACAGCUGGCCUGAUAAGCCACAUAGAUUUAUUGACCAGGACGUUUUUAAGAAGUUUAAGAAUGCUAACCAAAUACGUACUGCUUGUGAUGAGCUUGAAGCUCUGACCUGGGGCCUCUUUCACUCAGACCUCUCUCCUCCAAAAAAAAUAACGAAAGAAAACGUGAACCUAAAUGAGAAUUAUGUAAUAGGGGAAAGAAUAAAAGAUAAUAAUAACAAUAAUCCUGUGAUAAAGUGGAUUACAGAUGAGCGUGAACUAAAGGUUGUUCUUUCCAAGUGUUACGAGAUUAAAUCAGGAAAAGAUGUCAGAAGUAUCAUACGUCAUUAUGCAAAGAAUGGAGAAGAUAAGCUCACAUACCUGAUGGUCAAAGACUGGAUAUACGCUGUUGAUCCUGUAAAUCUGUAUGUGUAUCCAGUUGGAAAAAAGCUUAGACAGUUGAACAAUCAAAAAGAUGAUGUGGGCAAAGUUAAGGCAUGCAUUAAUGAACAGAUAGGCAAAGAAAAAUACCCAGACAUACAAGAACACAUUCUUGAUAAAAAUAGCUAUGUUAAACAUGUGGAAAAUAUUUUUCUUGGAGACACGACUGGAGAGCACACAUCUCGCCUGCCCCUAUCCACUGAGGCCUGGUGCACCACAUAUUUCACUGCAUCAGUUAUUUCUGAAUCAGCUAGAAACUUCCGGACAUUUCCUCUAACUCUCAUGGCGCUGGAUUUAUGCUCAAACAAAAACUUCAAAGAGAAAGGACUGAAGUUUUUUUUUGAAGAGCAUCCAAUGGCAAGAGGAGAGAGCUGGAUUGACCCGAGCAGACGUGGAUUUAGUGGCUCAGCAACACCUGAAGGUUCCAGUAAAUUAAACAAUUACAAUUACAAAAAAACUCCUGAGGAAUUAAUGGAAGCUCUUAAAAAUGUUGUGAAAAAAGAAGCCGACCUGUACCAAUCAUGGAUUAAAAUGUUUGGAAACAAUAUUGAAUCUAGGGUAUUGCAGAUGGUAGAAAAAUACAAGAUAACUGAAAGUAAUUCAGUUGAAAAUGAACCAUUCAUCAACAAUUACAACACUUUCAAAACAGAAAUAAAAGAAACCAGUGGACCUCCAACAUCAGGCACAUUAGGAGGCUACAAUGACGGCCACGUAACCUCCCAAGACCUAAAAUCUGCCUCCAAGUUAGAGAGUUCCUUUAAACUUGAAUCAUAUUUCUCCAGGGGAAGAGUAUUAUUUGCUGAACAAAUCCAAAAUAAGAUAAAAGCAAAAUAUGGUGAAGAUCUGGCAGGGCUGCACCUCCAGGAGGGCAGCGCCAGAAUAGAGGAUGGACAGUUCAUAGGUCGCCUGGUGUCCCAGGGUGCCGAUGCUGAACCUGUUGAGUUUAGGGUUGAGUUAUCUCCAGAGAGUCAACACUACAAUGAAAAGAUGUUGAAGAGCAUUGAAACAGCAGUUCACGAGCUGGAGGGUCCAGUCUCCUCCCAUCAUGUCAACAAGUAUGUAGAGCACGCUGGGACUGCUGUUGGUGCGCUGGGCCUCAUGCUGGGUAUGAAAGGAGCUGUUCGUGCCUUUGAAAACGGUGACAUCAAAGAUGGUGUGGUGGGAACUUUGCAAACGACUCAUGGAGUGGCAGCCAUGACAACAGCUGUUAUAGCAAAACAAACUCUGUCCUCUGAGGCAAGAAUCAGCAGAGCUGCAGCUACAGUCAUGAAAAGUCCUGCAAUGAAGGGCUUUAUGACAGUUAUACCACUAGCGGGAAUUGGAUUUGGACUAUACAAUUUUGAACAAGAUUUGGAGAGAGGUGACACACUGGGAUACAUUGAUGCUGGGUUAGAUGUUGUGAUGAUUGAGUUGGAUGUUAUUGAACUCGUUCAGCCUGAACUGAUACCAAUAAUAGCGCCUAUAAACCUGGCUCUGUCAGCAGUCCGGAUGGUCAUUGAUGAUAUUUCUAUGGGAAUACAGGAUGAACUAAACAAGCUCCCGAAGGAUGCUGGAGUUCUGGGGACAAUGCUGGCUGUUCUUCGUGGCUUUGGGAAAGGGAUUCUGCAUUUUGUAAUUCAUGUGGCUGCUUUAUUUUAUGAUUGGCGUUAUGAUGAAAUUGAGGAGGGACACAGAUAUGUUGAACAGAUAUCAGACUUUCACAAAUAUUACAGAGUUACAAAGGAACAGGAUGGAACAAGUGCCAUUGAUUUUAACAGUGCCGACUCUGCUUGGAAUGGAGGAGGUAUUCACUUCUGCCUCGCUGACCAGGGUCAGUCUGAGCUCUGCAUGGACUAUUUUGUAUCUAGUGAUGAAAGUUUUGGGAAGAGGUGUUGGAACAUUGAUACACAGGGAAGCAAAGAUAUUAUUCUUGGCCUGGGAGAGUCACAUCAGUUAGAGUACAAGACACUACAGAAGACAAUAUUAUGGUUCAUACCAGCCGGCACUGUGACAGUGGUUUCAGGUUAUAAAGCUGUAUCAGAGUCGAGAUACGGGAUAUACAGGGGAAACGGAGAUUCCAAUCGUUUUUUUGCAGUUCAGAAAGCAGAGGACCAACAUGUGAUUGAAGUCAUGUUAAGUUACUAUUACACUCUUUACGGUGAACCAGGUGAUGACCUUUUCUUCCUCGGUCCACAGAAAAGUUAUGUUACAGGAGCUGGUGGAAAAGACACGUACAUCAUUCCUAAAAAUGGAGGGAAAACAAUCAUUGACAACUACGAUCCUUCCAAAGCACUGGACACUCUUCAUUUCAGUGUUGAUUACAGUCACAUUUCUGCGUCUAAAUCUGGAGACGACGUUGUGUUAAUGUAUGAGGACAGUCAUACAGUGACCAUAACAAACUGGUUUUUAGGGGAACCGUAUCGUCACAUGACCAUGAUGUCAGGAGACGGAGUCUUAUUUGAGAUUUCCUCCAUUGUGUAUUCUUCUGUUCACCUGGUGGCCAGAGGAAUUAACAAGAUGUUUAAGAAACAGGGUGAAACUGUGGACGCAUCACUGCCACUUUUAAGUACAGUUACAAACAUCGUUGGCUCUCCGUAUGAUGAUGUGCUCAUCGGGAAUGGAGAGAACAAUCUGAUGGAUGGAGGAGGAGGUUCGGAUCGUUUGAUUGGUGGCGAAGGAGAAGACAUAUACAUAUUGAAAAACGGACAGCGGCCUCAGAUUGAAAAUUACUCCACAGACAAUAAAACAGACCUGGCCAUAAUAGAAGCAAAUCUUCACACUUUUAGAGUCAUCGACCAUUUUGAUGAUCUUACUCUGUACGCGUUCUCUAAUAAUACAAAUGUCGUAGUGGUUUUAGUGAAUUGGUUCAGAUCACCAGCAGACAGACACUUGCUUUUUGUCACAAAGGAUCUGAUCACUUUCACGAUCUCAGAUAAGAAGACUGACUGCCUGCAGAGUGACCCGUUCACAAAGUGCAUACAGAGUUACAGGAUUGACUACAGCAGCUCCUCAUCUGCUCUGGAGAUGGACCUUCAGGAGGACGAGGCUUUAGACAGCGUGACGGAGGUCCGCGGGUCAGAGUUCGACGAUGUCAUCAGAGGCAACAAAGGACACAACGUUUUUGUCCCAGGAAGAGGAAACGAUUUCCUUCAGGGUAGAGGAGGAGAGGACUGGUACGUUAUCACACCAGGCCAAGGAGUAAAAACCAUCAACAAUCAAUCACCAGAUCUAGUCUUGGACAUUCUCUUUCUGAAAGAACAAUAUAAGCAUAUAACAUGUUCUUGUGAAGGACAGAGCAUCGUAAUUUUGGUAAACAACACAAAAGAUGUUAUUUUACAGAACUGGUUUGAAUCAAAGUUUUAUCAACAUCUGCAGAUCAAGACAAGUGAUGGAAUAACAUUUGGAUUAAUGUCCAACCUCAGCAGCUGUGUCGACUCUUUAAUGUUACCUUUAACUGUUGAUUAUAGAAACCAGAAGCCUGAACCACUUCAUUACCUCCGAACACACCUCCGGAAACAUUCAGUUAAUGUAGAAGAUGCCCCAGUUUCUUCUGGACAUGAUGGGUGUGUCAGAUAUAGAAGCAAAGAUUCAGAGGAGUGGUUCCUCUGCGGCCUUCAAGGCAAAGUGAUGAUGGUGAAUAAAGCUGAUUCAGUGAAAGAAAUGUAUGGCUCCUCAGGUUUCGACAUCAUGGUCGGGAACAGCAAUGAGAAUUUGCUUGAUCCUUACACUGGGGGUGCUGUGAUGUUUGGAGGUGAAGGAAAAGACACUUACAUAAUCAAACAUGGAUAUGGAAACGAGUUAAUGAUCGAUAACUAUGCAGAAGAUCAGAAUAUCGAUACUGUGUUGGUCGACAUGGAUUUCCUCGAUGGCGGCCAAGUCGCACUCGACUCAUCAUCAACUGGAGAUCUUAAUGUGAUCAUCAUGUCAAAAGAGGAAAUGUUAAAGUUCAGUCUGCUCAACUACAAUGAUGGUCACCAACAUCAGCACGUGGAAUUUCAGAGCUCUGACGGAGUGACUUUUAAAGUGAAAUCCCUAAACUCAACUGCGGCUGUCCCCGUCUCUCACAUCGAAGCUUUCAAAGUGACUCUGAAACAAUCGCAGGCUGACUGUCGUUUGGACCUCAGCUCUCAGAGAAACCUGUCAAAGGUCCAUACAGUGCAAGGCUGCCCCUUUCAGUCCAAUGACAUCCUAGGUAAUGAUCAAGACAAUGCUCUAAUUGGUGGGUGGAAGGAUGACGCCUUGGAAGGAGGCGAAGGAGACGAUACGCUGAUAGGAGGGAAUGGAGACGACAUCCUGAUCGGUGACUUGGGAGACGACACUCUUUAUGGAGAAGAUGGAAAUGACACUAUGAUGGGAAACUCUGGCAGGGACGUCUUCAUUCCUGGACCAGGGGCCGAUCUAGUGGACGGGGGUCCUGGCAGAGACACUGUUCUGUACCGAGGUGACCACGACACAGGUAAAGGGGUUUAUGUUAACCUGCUGACUGGACAAGGCCGCUAUGCUGAUGCUGAGGGGGACGUGUUGAAGGACGUGGAGAAUGUCGUUGGCACCAUCUACUCUGAUAUCUUGGUGUCCGGCUACGAAAGUGCUCUUCUCAAAGGCUCCGAUGGCGAUGACAUCCUGGUGUCCACUGGGGGUGAUUACCUGGUCGGAGGUGAUGGAAAUGACCUUUACAUGUUGGCCUUCCACGAUGGUUCAGUCACCAUUAACAACUGUGCAAAGGACAACGCCACAGACGUCUUGUACGUGAGCUCUUGGUCAACACCAAGAUUUGAAUGCCGACCUUUACCUGACAGAGUUCUGCUGACUUUCUUUGGACAAAACGAAACUACAGUUAAAGUUUCACUGGAAGGCUGGAUCAGUGAUGAUCAUGAGUGUGGUCAUUUGAAGUUGGUGUUCAGAGAGGUGGAGGUGUCAGUGGACAGGAUGCUACAAGAGUGUCAGUUAAGACACAAGGAAGCAGUUUGGUCUUUUUACAUAAGUUGUGUUGUCUGCAUCAGUCUUCUGCUCUUCCACUGUGUUUUCAUUUUACAAUCAUGCAGAAAAUCACUAUCAAGGGCGCGACAAGAAAAGCAGCAGGAACAAGCAGAAACAAAUGUUGAUGCGGGAUCAGUUCCUUGAUGGCUGAUGUGAUCACCUACUGCAAGAAGACUAACAACACAAGAGGGCAAAAAAAUAAACCUAUUUCGCCACCUGGCAAAGAGCUAAAAAUAGGCAAGAAUAUCAUUAUCGCAUUUCAUUGUCUGUGGUUUAAUCUUCUUUUAUGGUUUGUAGUUGUAUUUUGCUUGCUUGUUGUUAUAUGCAUUUAUACUACUGAAUAAUUACAAACCUUGUUUUCUGGUUAGA